UUUAAGAUUGAGCAGUGCCGAGCACAGAGUUACUAUUGCUAAGUUCAGUUGAAGUUAUAACUGCAAUUAACGUAAAUUAAUAAUUUUAUUUCAACAACAAUAUAAAGUACAUUACUGACUAUUAAUGAACAAUGGGUCCGCCGAAACGUUUCAAAAAAGACAACGAUAGAGGUAAAUGGAAAAAGCGUAAAGAAGAUCCUGAAGAGUAUAAUGACGACGAGUCUUUGGACGAUAACGAAGCUGAAGGUAUACCGGACGCAGCCAAAAAUGAUGUCGAAAAGCAAGAUGAAACAGCAUUAGAAGACGAGUUUGGCGCGAAAGAUUAUCGUUCGCAAAUGAUUCUAAAGCCAGAUUGCAUUUCGAGGCCACUUUGGGUGGCACCAAAUGGACAUAUUUUUCUAGAGUCUUUCUCGCCUGUUUAUAAACAUGCCCAUGACUUUUUGAUCGCUAUCUCAGAACCUGUGUGUCGUCCGGAACAUAUACACGAGUAUAAAUUAACCGCUUAUUCCUUGUAUGCUGCUGUUAGCGUUGGUCUUCAAACGCAUGAUAUUGUAGAAUAUUUAAAAAGACUCAGUAAGACCAGCAUCCCUGAUGGAAUUAUAGAGUUUAUAAAAUUGUGUACACUGUCGUAUGGCAAGGUAAAACUAGUGUUAAAACACAACAAAUAUUUUGUUGAAUCUCCCUACCCCGAUGUAUUACAAAAGUUAUUAAAAGAUUCAGUAAUUCAAGAAUGCAGACUGAGAAAGAAUGUAGAAGACGAGAAAGAGGAAAUAAUUACAAAUAUUCAAAGCAAAACAAAACUUCCGCAGUUUGGAGUAAAACCAACGACCACUGUUCCAGCUGUAACCCCCAAAACGACCGAAGUACCAAGUGAACAAGCUCCGCCGGAAACAGUUACCGUUCCUGAAGAUAUAACCACGUUUUACGAUAAAAUGGACAAAGAAGACGAAGAUGAAGAAGAAGAACAAGAAUUAAAAACCGUUAGUUUUGAAGUGAAUCAGGAAAAAAUAGAAGUCAUACAAAAGAGAUGUAUAGAGCUGGAGCAUCCCUUAUUAGCAGAAUACGAUUUCCGUAACGACACCGUAAAUCCAGACAUAAAUAUAGAUUUAAAACCAUCGGCUGUAUUGAGGCCCUAUCAGGAAAAGAGUUUGAGGAAAAUGUUUGGAAAUGGACGUGCUAGAUCCGGCGUUAUAGUUUUACCUUGUGGUGCCGGUAAAAGUUUAGUCGGAGUAACGGCUUGUUGUACGGUACGAAAACGUGCAUUAGUAUUGUGUAAUUCCGGAGUAUCGGUGGAACAAUGGAAACAACAAUUUAAGAUGUGGUCGACCGCAGACGAUUCGAUGAUCUGUCGAUUUACAAGCGAAGCCAAAGACAAACCUAUGGGAUGUGGAAUUUUAGUUACCACGUAUUCAAUGAUUACUCAUACUCAGAAACGUUCUUGGGAGGCAGAGCAAACUAUGCGAUGGCUUCAGGAACAAGAAUGGGGAAUCAUGGUCUUAGAUGAGGUGCACACAAUUCCUGCAAAAAUGUUCAGAAGGGUUUUAACGAUCGUUCAAUCUCACUGUAAAUUGGGUUUGACCGCGACGUUGUUGCGAGAGGACGAUAAAAUUGCUGAUCUGAACUUUUUGAUCGGACCUAAAUUGUACGAGGCCAACUGGUUGGAAUUGCAGAAGAGAGGCUUUAUUGCGAGAGUUCAGUGUGCUGAAGUUUGGUGUCCUAUGACGCCAGAAUUUUACAGAGAAUAUCUUGGUUGCAAAAUGAGUAAAAAGCUGUUACUCUAUGUGAUGAAUCCUAAUAAAUUUCGAUGUUGUCAAUACUUAAUACGAUACCACGAAAGACGCGGUGACAAGACCAUCGUUUUCUCCGAUAAUGUUUUUGCUUUGAAACAUUAUGCCAUUAAAAUGAAUAAACCGUAUAUCUACGGUCCAACUAGUCAAAGCGAACGAAUACAAAUUUUACAAAACUUUAAAUUCAAUACCAAAGUAAAUACGAUAUUCGUGAGUAAAGUGGCAGAUACGUCUUUCGAUUUACCGGAAGCCAAUGUUUUGAUUCAAAUAUCCUCGCAUGGCGGUUCACGGCGACAGGAAGCACAACGAUUAGGACGAAUUCUAAGAGCUAAAAAAGGUGCUAUCGCGGAAGAGUACAAUGCAUUCUUCUAUACCUUGGUAUCGCAAGACACAAUGGAAAUGAACUACUCGAGGAAACGUCAACGGUUUCUCGUGAACCAAGGCUACGCGUAUAAAGUUAUUACAAAGCUUGCUGGAAUGGACGAGGAGCCAGACUUGAUGUACGCAACUCGAGAGGAGCAGGGUCAUUUGUUGCAACAAGUUUUGUCUGCUAGUGAUAUGGACGCAGACGAAGAAAGAAUACCUGGAGAAGGACCGAGACCGAUUCUACGGAAAGCUGGUAACAUGACGUCGAUGUCUGGUGCAGAUGACGCAGUUUACUACGAGUACAAGAAAGCUCCUGGUUCAUCCACAGCGAAUAAACAUCCUUUGUUUAAAAAGUUCCGAACAUAAUUACCUUCGAUCGUAUAUGUAUAUAAAUAUAUUUUACAUUUAUUAUUAUUUAUGUGAUUGAUUAAAGAGUAACUUUCGUACGUGUGGAUUUUGUAUGUUUGAUAAAAAAGGAUAAAUUGGUCGAUCGAAAUUCUAAUUCCAUACCGUUCCCUUGGUAUUGUCAUGGACAAAGUUGUUUUUAGAACAUGUUUUCCGAAAGCGACAAUCAAUAAUCACACCGUCUAUAUCUCAAGCACUUCAUGCCUGUUAGUUCUCGGUAAACUUGAUACGCUUGCUCGUACGAUUUACGUGGCAGUAAUGCAAUUUACGCAAAUGUAAACCCGAUGGUCGGUUGACUCAAGUAAUGCGAUAAAGACAUUUCCAAUAAAUUUGUUGGCUCGAAGCGAUAACAUUUUGCUUGUACGUAUGUAUGUACUCGUAAUAUGGUAGGUAUUAUAGUAAUCGUAGGUA